CUCAGACAUGUCUACUUCAAUGAUAGGGUACUUGCUAAGGCACCUGCUGAAUAUUUGAUGUUUCGACUAGCAGUAUCACGGAAUUCAAUCUAUCUACAUUCAAUUGAACAUUGAAUAGCAUUGUAUGAGGCUGGUACACGACGUGAUGCAGCUUCACAAGGUGUUACAAGUGCGGUGGUAUAUUCCUCAGCGGAAGUACAUUAGGUAGAUAAAUACUUAUGUAGAUAUGUGCCUAUUUACAGUAGCAGAUGUACCUGCUAGUGGUACAAGACCCAUUCGUGCUCAUCCGCUGCCCCAUGGCCCGGCCGCUUCAAGUUCAAAGCUUGAAUGGGGGACUAGGUAUCGGCCGGCUCUUUAUUUUUAUUUUUGCUUUUUUUCGGUCGUUGUGCUGCAUCAACCUCUCAGCUUCAAGUGUCACCGUCCAUCUUUGCCCUCUCGCGACGCUGCCUGAGCAACUGCUGCUGACGGUGCUUGUUCCCUUGCGCCAACCCACGGUCGUCAGUGUCGCAAUCCAAUCUAAGUGCACCCCGCGGUUCACCACCGAUUCGAGCCGAUUGGAUCGCCGCCCACGUGUAGUCGCUGAGACAGCUCACUUUUUUUUUUUUUCCUUCGCUGAUUCUUUCUCCCCCAGCCAACUAGGUUUCAGCACGGUAGCACUCUCUGCGCCAGCUGAAGUCUGCUUUUGGCUUUUGGCUCUUGGGCUUUAUAUAACUGCGUCGAUUCCGAUCCUCUUUGCACGGCUUCCCCUCCUUCUUUUGGUCAAGAUGGGCGACAUGGCGAACGAGAUCAAAUUGCUCUCGGGAAAUAGUCACCCGGUGCUGGCGAGCCUGGUGGCCGACCGGCUGGGCGUUGAAAUUGCGAAGACGCUUAGUCUCAAUUACUCUAACCAAGAGACGAGCGUCACGAUUGGUGAAUCGGUUCGCGACGAAGAUGUCUUCAUUCUCCAAUCCACUGCGCCGGGCGACAUCAACGAUGGCCUGAUGGAACUUUUGAUUAUGAUCCACGCUUGUCGAACCGCCUCUGCACGACGAAUUACUGCCGUUAUCCCUAACUUCCCGUACGCACGACAGGACAAGAAGGACAAGAGCCGUGCACCCAUAUCCGCCAAGCUCAUUGCGAACAUGUUGCAAACCGCCGGUUGCAACCAUGUCAUCACCAUGGAUUUGCAUGCUUCUCAGAUCCAAGGCUUCUUCAACGUUCCUGUAGAUAACCUCUACGCUGAGCCUAGCGUCCUGCGUUGGAUUCGCGAGAACCGAGGCACCGAGGAUGUCGUCAUAGUCAGUCCGGAUGCCGGUGGCGCCAAACGAGCUACUGCUAUCGCUGAUCGCUUGGACCGAGGCUUCGCUCUCAUCCACAAGGAGCGCCCUCGACCCAACGUUGUCGGACGCAUGGUUCUCGUUGGAGAUGUCGUGGACAAGGUCGCGAUCCUAGUCGAUGAUAUGGCAGAUACCUGCGGCACCCUAGCCAAGGCUGCUAAGACGGUCAAGGACCACGGCGCCGCCGAAGUCAUCGCCAUUGUCACCCACGGUAUCUUGAGCGGCGAUGCCAUCAACAUUCUUAAUGAGAGCUGUUUGAGUCAAAUCGUCGUCACCAACACCGUCCCCCUCGGUGACAAGGUAGACCGCUGCAGCAAGUUACGCGUUAUUGACGUAAGCCCUACACUGGCUGAGGCGAUCCGCCGAACUCACAACGGAGAGAGCGUCAGUUUCUUGUUUAACCAUGCUCCCGCUUGAUUGGGUCUGGGGGGACUCGGUGAACGGGAUACAUUGCUGUGUUAGAAGGGAAGGAUGUUUUGUGAUGGGAGAUUGCCUGAAGCGUAAUCUAGGUUUUAAUUGGCGUUAAUGGUACAGGGAACACGAUGCGCACGUGGGGGGCAUCAUUGCAUAUAAAAAUACCUCUAAACGACUGAGUUUCGAGGCGCCGUGAUAAAUCUGUCUGAAAACAUAUAAAGAUUGUAUGUAUUUAUCUAUGCGAGGAUAUAGGAGGGUUAUGCUGCAUGAUUUGGAGUGAGCGACAAUUUGCAUAGGUUGGCGAAAUCUAGAAUAGAUCGAUAAAAAUCGUGGCGUUUGGCGGUCCUUUUGGAUAUUUUAGAAAUACCUUGGAUAGAUAAGUGGCCAGACAAUUGCACAAUCAUACGAAGGUG